UUAAUUAAAAUAUUUAUAUAUAUAAUAAUUUUAUAUUUUUGCAAUUUAUUUAUAAUAUAAUCAAUAUUCAAAUGAUAAGUUAUUAGAAAUAAAAAAUGAAGUUAUUCGCGCUAGCAAGGGCAAGAUGAGGGCGAAAUGCGAAUCGAUCGUUACCCAAGAGCGUCCUGCGCGCUAAUCGCUAUCCCGGCGCUAGUAUUCGCCCAUACUUUGUUCCUAUCGGAUUGACAAGCUAAUACUGUGCUUUUUUGUUUUGUUUGAAUUAUAAAAAAAAAUUUUUUAUUUAAUUGGUAAAAAUGAGGGACGAAGUGAAGAUGGAUGCAAAUCGGUUAAUUGCCGAAGUUUAUAAGCGGCCAGCGCUUUGGAACCAAAGGCAUAUCUCUUAUCAUAAUCGCGAAGUGACGAACCGCGUUUGGAUGGAGAUUGCAUCGAUAUUCAAGUUACCCAAACCAGUAUUAAAAGCAAAAUGGAAAGGUUUGCGAGAUACUUUUCGAGCGGAAUUAAAAAAGGAUCAAGUUUAUCGCAAAAGUAAAUUUCAUCGAAAUAGGCCAGUAUGGAUACAUUUCAAAAGUUUGCAAUUUUUAAAAGAACAAAUGUUACCUCGUCCUCCUAUUUGGGAACGAAGUAAUUCUUGUCAAGAUGAUGAUCGAGUACCUAGUGAAAGCGAGAGCGAUGGAGCUUUGAUACAGAAUGGUUCGUCGGUAACAAACAGAAAUGUGGAAGAUCGAAAUACGAUUGCGAAUCAUCUACUGUCGAUAAAUAGCGACAACGGAUUAAAGAUCGACGCUGUCAAUCAUAUAGAUGUGAAACAAGAACCUGAGGAGAAUUUUGACAAUCUUGAAUUUCAAAGUGUUUCCGACAAUCUCACUGAAAACGAAAUGAUGUUACAAAAUAUUUCUCCUGAACAGGUGCUCAUGGGUGAAAAUGACACUAAUAUUGGUAUACCAGUAGAUCCUUUAGAAGGCAAUCGUUUUGAUGAUAAUUAUUAUUUUCUUAUGAGUCUUUUACCACAUAUAAGAACAUUGCCUGCUGACAAAAGAAUGUUACUCAGAAUGCAAAUGCAAGAACUAGUUUAUAAGGAAGUUUAUAAGAAAAAUUCGGAUAGCAUUACAGCAUCGUAAAAAAAUGUUAAAAAUAAGUAUUUUUAAAGAAAUAUCUAUAUGUGUUUUGUUGGAAUCAAUUAAAUCAUCAAAAUAUCAUUAACUAUUCACGAUAACAUUAAUGUGAAACAAAUUGUUUUAUUAAAAAUUAAUCAACAAAUUAAUAGGUUGAAGAAAUAACAUAAUAAAGAGCUAUAGUCUUAUUUAAGUUAAUAUUUUCAACAAAUUUAUACUCCGUAGGUUGAGAAACACUGGUGCUUUCUCGUACCUGCGGGUAC